AUGUAUUCGGCAAAGUCAAUCUUCUAUGCGGCAUUGAGUGCCUCGGUCUCUUUCACAUCUAUACAAGCGCAGGCUGCAGACUAUCCCUUCGACAUUAACGGAGCGUUCGAGGGCGCUUCUGCCAGCACAACAGACUUCAACGCGGGUGGCACCUUCAGGUGCAAUGGCCACGCAAUCACUGUGCCCAAGAAUCUUCAAGUCACAUUCCCUGCGGCCUUCAUCCCGUACAAGGAAUUCGUGGGCAGCAGUGGUGGCUAUACUGGCUACAACUGCGAGGUCACAGGCAAUGUCGUCAACGGGAUUCCCAUCGCUGCUCAGGUCUCAAUCGCUCAAUCGCUUCUGAACGGUGCCUCUGGUUUCGUUGAUAGCGUGAACACUGAUGGCCGGAUCAAGUUGACGGACGGAAGCACCAUCCGCAUCAACGACCCUAACGCCAUCUACUCCGUUGGAUACACUUCCCAGCCUUUCUUCACUGCAGACGACGCCAACCCAAGCGUCAGCUCUUUCUCUGGCUUUCCUAUGUGCGUUCCUCGUAGCGCUACCGAUGCUCUCUGCCCUCAGUCCAACAGACCAGAUGUCACUCCUGGAGUCAAGCAAGGACUUUUCAAAGCACCCGAUGCCCUGGUAAUGGCUCCCAUUGCGGCUGGUGAUUUCGUCGAGUACUCUGGUGUUCAGUCCGGUAGCGAGAUCAUCGUCUACAACCUCGUCGUGAGCAACGUCCAAAUCACCACCACGGGCGCCCCGACAUACAUCCGUAUGGAGGAUGCCAACAUCGGUGUGUGGACCGCCGACACUGUCAACCAGGAAAUCGCACAGACUAGGUUUGUCGGCUACACAUCUGACUCUGCCGCAAAUGUCAACCCCAUCAAGAUCUAUGCCAUUGAGUACGAUCCGUGCACCGGCGAGGCCGUCGACCGUGAGAUCGCGGGUGUGAGCGUGCCCGGCACCGAGGUCCGCAACAAAUUUGAGUACCGUAUCAAGGCGACCCAGAACGACAACUACGCCCGCGAGUACCGCGUCGUCGCCGGCACCGGUACCGUGAAGACCAAGAACGGUAUCAUGGCCGGCCAGUACGUAAUGCCUGUCUCGGAAUGGAUCCAGCCUGAGGACUCCGUCCCGGGCCGUCCUCCCAGCCCGCAUGACUUCCGCAGCUACGCUUUCUUGACCAAGGGAUUGGGCCGCGAUGCCGAGGGCAACCUUUGGGGCCCGCUGAACCCCUUCCCCCAGACUGGUGCCACCCUCUACGAUAACUCCAAGUGCCCUCCCGCUACUAUCCCUACCACGGGCACUGGUACUGGAACAGGUACUGGAACUGGCACAAGCACAACCCCUGUCACCGCUGCCAGCAGCUCAGCAGUAGUCGUCAAGUACAAGGAUGUCGUGACGAUGCCCACCUUCAACUGGGUCUCAUCCCAGAGCGGCACCCUGACCGUCGGCUGCCAGUCCAACAGCACCGACGAUGCCGCGGUCGCAAUGAAGCUGAGCUACACCAACAAGGACGGCACCACCACCGGCCUCGCAAUGACCUCCGGUGGCAAGGGUCUCUGGAACUUCAAUAGUAACAAGAUCAAGCAGCCCACGACUGGAACGGUCAUUUGCAAGAGUGGUCUUGGCGGCCAGGUGGCGCGCUGA